UGUUUAAACCAAACCUCUCAGUCCUCCUCUGUCAGCUGCUGUCAUGGCGGAGUCCCGGAGAGUUCAGUUCACCACUUUAUCCUGUGAUUCACCCUCUUCCUCCUCCUCCUCAUCUUCAUCAGACCCUCUGGUCCAGAAGUCUCCCUCAGGUUCGGUCCUGCAGGCGGAUGAGAACCGUCCGGACAGAACCACGGUUCGUCUGGUCCUCAGCUUGUUUGAGUCCGAUGAGAGCAGGUUUCCAGAGUUCAGCUUCACUCAGCUCACACAGGACAAGCUCAAACGCUCCAGAGAUGAAGCUCCGCUGAGAACAAUGGAAGAGGCAGAAAAGAGGGAGAGUGAUGAAGUCGCUGCCAUUGCAAGAAAGUUUGAGGAAAAAUAUCCAAACAAAAAGAAGGAUCGCAUUCAGGACCUGAUUGAUAUUGGGUUCGGUUAUGAUGACGAGGAUUCUUUCAUCGAUAACUCGGAGGCUUACGAUGAAUUUGUUCCAGCUGCCAUCACAACAAAGUUUGGUGGAUUCUAUGUGAAUUCGGGCGUGCUGCAGUUCCGCCAGGCCUCUGACUCCGAGAUCUCCGAGAUCAUCGACCUCACAACAGAGGAGACCUCUAAAAAACGUAAACUCAAUGGUGGACAGGAUAAGCCGAAGAAGAAGCCGUGCAGAGAAUACGAAGAGACGAAAAACAAUGUGGAUUCCAAGUCGAGCACUUCAGCUGAAAUUGGACCUGACGACGAGACGAAGAACAGAAAGAAGAUAAAGCGUGUCAGCACAUUAAGCGUCACAAGCAUGCUGAAGAAGUUUCAGAGAGAGAAGGAGAAGGAACGACAGAAACUGGGAAAGGUGAAUCAGAGAGCAGCAGGGGUCACGGGUGUACCCACAAUCCCUCUGUGCCCGGCAGAUGCGGCCGGCGGUGGAGGCUCCGGACUCGCAGAUCCUCUCGUUAGUUUAAUCGGAUCGACCAAUGACCACGUCCUUAUCCAAGCAGCCAGCACCGUGGACUUUGACAUAGAUUUGGUUUCUUUGUUAGACAGUGAAGAGACUUUAUCUUCGGUUCCUCCACCGGCCACAGAAACGCAGCUUUUCCAACCCACAGUAAACGAUCAAACCGGGUCAACCGUCGCUCAGCAUCCAAACACAAAGACUCCUUUUCAGCCAAAGACUCAUCCAGAGCAAAUCCAGCUCCUGUCAGAGGCCAGUUCAUCCCAGCUGUGUGCCCCCCUGCCAGAGGGGCUCACACCCGCACUGGAGGACAGUGUUAGGAAACUCAUGACGGUUGUCAAGAUCUCAGAGGGAGAAUCUAAACUCAAGUUCUUUACUCCAGAGAUCAACUCAAUCCUGCUCGAGAUUGAGUUGCAGUGUCGGGGACAGACCGGCCAGUUGCGUUCCAAGUUGUACACACACCUGUCGUCUUUCCUGCCCUGCAGCAGAGAAACGCUCCUCAAACGUGUGAAGAAACUGUUACUCACACACAUGGAGGAACCCCCCGACGUGGAUGAUGCCAUCCAGAAACUGAAGGAGGCCAUCUCCAAAGCUAUGCCUGAACAGAUUGCCAGUUACCGUGCUAACUGUCAAGCGUACGAACAAGUCAAGACAUCGAAGUAA